GCCAAGUUAAGGUAUUUAGCAAAUCAAUCGACCAAGGUCCAAGGCCCAUACUUUGACACAACUAUCUAACUAAAAAAUUAAAAAGCCCAAUAACGAAACACAUAAAUUUAGCCCACAUUUAGCGAAACAUCAAUUUAUUUUAUUUUUUAUUUAAAAAAAAAACAUCAAUUUUUUAAUUAAUAAUUUAAGAAGCCCAAAAACGAAACAUGAAUUUUCAAUAAACGCCUUUGCUUGAGUCUGUAGUAACGCCACCAUCUUCUUUGUUCUUCCUUCGUCUUCAACACAAAAAUAUUCAUAAAUUCCAGAAACAAAAUUUAAAAAGUUAUAUGAAUUUCAGCGAAUCAGUUGACUUUUCUGGUUAAUUUCUCGAAAAUGAAGCCAAAAAUGGAGGUGAAUCAGCAGCAUCUGUUGUCAUUCUCUCUCUCCUCCAAUCUCGCUGCCCCUUCCUUCAAUGCCUUAAUCAGAUGUCAUCAGAAAUCAAGGUAGACAUAGCGAACAACUAUGAUCAUUAUGAGUCUGAAGGAGGUCCUCUACACGAGAAUGAUACUAUGGCCAUUGGGACCAACGGAAUCUACAAUACCCUUGACGACUACCAUCAAGGAAAGAAGUCAAUUAGUGACAUUACAUCGCCAAGGGAGCGCAGAUCAUUAGGUGACAGGCUUCUUUGUCCCAAUCGAACCAUACAAAACUGCAUUGGCAACCAUGUAGAUCAAGAGGAAGAAGAUAGGGAGCACAAAACUGUAAAAAAACCCGCUGGUCCACUUGUGUCUGGUGCUGCUUACUGUCUUUCCUCUUGUAGCAUGAUAUUGCUGAACAAAGUAGUUCUCUCAACAUUCAAUUUCAACGCUGGGAUAUCUUUGAUGUUUUAUCAGAACUUAAUCAGCACUGUAAUCGUUGCUGUUUUGAGUAUAUGCGGGGUUGUAUCAGUAGAAAAGCUCAGCUGGAAGCUCAUUCGGGUUUGGCUACCUGUCAACAUUAUCUUUGUGGGUAUGCUUGUAUCAGGCAUGUACAGUUUGAAGUACAUAAAUGUUGCAAUGGUGACGAUUUUGAAGAAUGUGACGAAUAUUAUUACAGCAGUUGGUGAUUAUUAUUUAUUCCGGAGACACCAGAAUCAGAAAGUUUGGACUGCAAUGUUUUUGAUGAUAAUAUCUGCUGUAAGUGGUGGCGUCACAGAUCUUUCUUUUGAUGCUACAGGAUAUGCUUGGCAACUUAUAAACUGUGUUCUAACAGCAAGCUAUUCACUUACACUGAGAAUGGUCAUGGAAAAAGCAAAACAGCUAACAAAAUCAGGAUCUCUAAAUGAAGUUUCAAUGGUGUUGUUGAACAAUGCAUUGUCAUUACCAUUUGGACUGGUUUUGAUUCUUAUAUUUGACGAAUGGAAUUAUGUCAUAAACGUCAAUGUCAUUACAAUGCCAAUGUUUUGGGCUGCAGCAACACUCAGCGGAUUGUUGGGACUUGCCAUCAGCUUUACUUCGAUGUGGUUUUUAGGUCAAACCAGCCCUACAACUUAUAGCUUGGUCGGUUCCUUAAACAAGAUACCUAUAUCACUUGCUGGAUUGGUGUUGUUCAAUGUUCCACUGAGCAUACCGAAUCUCUUCAGCAUAUUAUUUGGUCUAUUUGCUGGGGUGUUUUUUGCAAGAGCCAAGAUGUCCUGAUUCUCAGGUUAUGUUGGAUUACUCAUAGAAUAGAGAUACAACAUAAAUCCGUAUCUUCUGUAGGAACAAUUCCUCAGUAGUUCAGUGCGUCAUAAUGCAGCACAGCUGCGAAUACUUCCUCCCUUCGACAUUCUAUUCAUUGUCUCAUUAAUAGUGUAAUCUGGAUUAGUUAAGUGCAACUAAACCUGGUUCUGCUAGAUGUAGUAUUCUACAAGGUAAUCCAUCAUUUUUGUCACUUGGAUCGGCCAUGCGGAUCUAUAUAGUUUGACUUGCAUAAUUCAAAAGGCUUUUUUUACCCCUUUUCCUUAGUUGUUUGCAAGCAAACAGUUAUAUUACUCCAUAUUUAAAAAGUUGGCUGAUAGGCUUAGCUUUGUUUGUUUCUUUUUCUUU